ACCCCCUACUUACAGCGAGGUGUAGCAAAGCCCUGCGAGCGUGCAGAGCUCACACGCGUGUGUCAGAGGAGUGGCUGCCUCAGGGCUGUGACGCUGUCACCAACAAGUGUGGGGGGACGCCUGGGGACAGCGCAGCCCCGGCGUUGUGCUGGGCGAUCUGGAGCUGUGUCACUUUAAGGCAUGUGAUACUUUCCUGAGCAGGGAUGCACUGAAAUAGGCUCCGGUACUUCCAGCAUCCUGUAGCAGUGUACGUACAGCUGCCCGGCUCUGCACUGCCUGCGCUGGAGUGAAGCUGCUCCGUCUCUAAAUGCAAACUGCUCCUCGUCUUUAAGUAGCCUGGAAGCUGCAGAUUGUCUCAAGAUCGCUUCAAAGGUCUCAUCAAGCAGAAGGUGAUGCUAGGAGAUGAUUUAAAGGUGAAAAUGAGAAGGUUUCCACCCCUCAAAGCUCGGCCACUUUUCUGACGGCAGUGCCUGAAAGCUCAGAUGUCGUCUUUACUCUGGGAACAGGAUUUGUAACAAGAGAUUUUUUUUUCUUUUCCCUCGUAAUCCUGAUAAAGAAGAUUAUUGGGAAGCUAUUAGAAAUCCCUUAUUGUGGUGCAGAUGGAUUUUAAAAAGUGUUAGACCUUUCCAAUGAACACUAAUAGAGUGCUCUGCUCUUGGCUGGAUUACUCAGAGAAUGGCAGUGGUCUCUGCAAUGUCCUGGGUCCUGUAUUUGUGGAUAAGUGCCUGUGCAAUGCUGCUCUGUCAGGGAUCCCUCCAUCACACUUUCCAGCAGCAUCACCUGCACAGACCAGGAAAGACUCUUUCUGUGAAUCAGAUUUUCCGGUGGGAAGGAGGAACGUGUGAAGUUAUAGCAGCACACAGAUGCUGUAAUAAGAAUCGAAUUGAGGAAAGAUCACAAACAGUAAAAUGUUCCUGUCUACCUGGGAAAGUGGCUGGGACUACACGAAACAGACCUUCCUGUGUUGAUGCUUCAAUAGUGAUUGGGAAAUGGUGGUGUGAGAUGGAGCCCUGCCUAGAAGGAGAGGAAUGUAAGACAUUGCCUGAUAAUUCUGGAUGGAUGUGUGCGACUGGCAAUAAAAUCAAGACCACCAGAAUCCACCCGAGGACCUAACAGAGCCUGCAUGGAGGCAGUGAAAGCCCAGCUGAUUUAUGAGGACAAAGUAUCGAAAGUUGAAAACCAUCUCAGCAUUUACAAGCCAAAUGGAUUUCUUAUUUGCACUCUGACUGUUUACCAGAUGACAACAGUGGCUUUACUGUGUGAAAGAGAGCAUUCUGCGGAAAUAAUGCCCCUGGUUUUUGACAGCUGAAAAGAAAAACGAAGAAAAAUGGUUUCCUUUGCUAAAGUUUCUGAGAUUACAAAGUACAAACAACAGUAUAAGUUUGGAUCUACAAUUUACUUUAUACCAUUUAAAGUAUAUAUAUAUAGAAAUAUAUAUAUAUUAAUAUAUGAUAUUUUGAAAUAAAAGCCUCACUCUUCAAGAAAUUAAAUAGUACCACACUUUGCUGCAGCUGCUGUAAUUUUUUUUCUUUAUUGUAAUGGUCUGGAAGAUCCCUACCUGUUUCAGAGAGAAAUGUGGCAGUGAAGAGGCAAAGCAAACCUGCUGCGGUACAAGGACGCCUAAAAGUUACGUGGAUCCUACUGAUAUGGCAUCCAGAGCUUCCCGUUCCCUUCGGCAGAAUUUUGAGGGCAUUUCAUUGUUUCACUUUGUGUUCUGGAGGCUUUUCCCCUUGUGCAAUACUAGCAUGCUGGCUUUGCUUCAUAAACAUACUUGAUACUCAAUUGAUAUAUAACAAUGAUAAUUCUAUCCUCUUCCAAGAAAAUAUUUUUAGAGCUGUUAGAUAUUCCGUGGAGAAGAAAUGGACAACUGCUGAGUGAAGUACAGUAUGUAUUAAAAGUUUAUUUGGCAGAGUUUGGUAGACUGUGAGCUCCCUUCUUAUUAAAGAUGUACCGUAUGUACAAUGUCUUCAGACUUUGUAUAGCUGUAGAGACUACAGUAAAGUCCCAAUAACCAACUCCAAAGCUUUGCGUUGUUGGCUCACUAAUUCUUUGAAACAACAACAAAGCUCCUUCUUUCUAGACUAACAUGGAAGAGGGUUUGUGCAUAUGGUUUCUUCUCUCAUGAGCCAAUUUGCAGCUGGGCUGAGAUGCUCUUCAGCAGGGACAUGUUGGCAGAGCUAUUUGCCUCUUAGCAGCGAAUGGUCUGAGUUCACAUUUCUAGCUCAGCUAUUGCUGUUCACUGUUCAGCCUGGCCCUUGUGUUGCUGAGGAAAGAUCAAAUCUGAGGGUUCAAACGCUCAAGCCUAGAUCACAUUGCCAGGCACUUCUGUGAGCAGUUCAGUUAGUAUCAGGGGGUUAUUCAUGUGGAAGGCAUCCUGCUGUCACGCAUAAGUCUGCACAGCCCACCCUUCAGCACACCUGAUGCUACCAAAUCAAAGAGGAAUUUAGAAGUGUAGAACUCAUUUUAUCCAGUCCAGGUUCAUUUUUUAAUAUUUCCAAUUUCCUUUCACACUGCUUACCUGUCUCUCGCAGGACCCUUUGGCCACGCUAAUCACUUUUAAUCCAAUGCAAAGGAAGUGCUGCACUUUCCAACCCAGAGU